GCUGUUCUAGACAACGCUCACUUCGUCCUUUCGCAACUACAGUCUGUAGAUGUUUCUGGAUGCAGUCAUGGCGGGCGCUGGUGAAGAGCUAAGGAAGCAGGGGGGUCUAGUGAGACACAGAGGUGGCUGCCACUGUGGUGCCGUUCGCUUCGAGGUGUGGAGUGCCCCGGAUUUACACGUAUUCAAUUGCAAUUGCAGCAUCUGUAUCAAGAAGCAAAACCGCCACUUCAUUGUCCCAAAGUCCCAGUUCACCUUGCUUCAGGGGUCAGAGAACAUCACCACGUAUACGUUCAAUACACAUACAGCCAAGCACACGUUUUGCAAGACAUGUGGGGUCCAAAGUUUCUACACACCGAGAUCUAAUCCUGACGGAUUCGGUGUGGCUCCACAUUGCCUGGACCCUGGAACCAUUAAGAGUGUACAGGUUGAGGACUUUUGUGGGGAGAACUGGGAGGAGAGCAUGCAGAAACACAAGACUAUCAGGAGUAUGUCCAAACAGACAUCGGAGAACAACUGACCCACCAUAGACCUCUGAGGUGUUUCGUCAUUUUGUAGUAGGCGACAUGUCCAAAUAAGGACUACGGCUAGGCUUUGCAGCAUUAAUCACAGAGCAUGACGGGGCGAUAGCAUUAGCUGGAUGCUAAUGCUACUGCUAACUGAUCGUUAAGCAUCUUUAAGGGGAAUGUGUGCAUAAUUGAAAUUUUAAGAUUUAAACAGUCAUUUAGACUGGUUUGAUAUGAAAUGUAGAGAAACUUAAUUGUCAUAAUUGUUCACAGUGGUGGUGAUUUUUUUGUCAUUUUGAUAUACAUUUUACAGCUAUACGUCCAAGUAUGUUCUUCGCCAAAUACGUGUUAUUUUGCCAUUUACAAAGUGUGUCAUGCAACUUGUGAGCAAAUAGCUCAGAACCGGUGGUGCUGGGAUGGCCUGCUUGGCCACAAGAUUGCAAAAAAUGAGUAAAAAGUUACUCAAAUGUUCUAGCCAUUCUGUGUAAUGUAUGUAUAAAAAUCGAUCAAAUAAAAAAACAAACCAUACAUAUGUUGAA